AUCACAUGUCAAAAAUAUCUUAAUUGUACACAAUUUAUUCAUUUAUUAUAAGUUGAUUUUUUAACACAUUUUAAAAUGGAACAACCCCAAUUCACUGUAUUUAAAACAGUUUUGGCCUACUCGGUCUUUAUCCUGGCAUCCCCCGUUUUGACGUUUUUCUUCACGAAAUUUAUAUUCUUCGAAGGGCUCCUUGGAGUAUCCAGUACAGCCAGCAAUGUUUGGUCAGCAGUACUUGCAAUUGUAGUGCUGCAUAUUGCUUUAGGAAUGUACAUUUUAAGGGCUUACUCUGAGGCUGAUAGGACCAAAGCUAAACCUGCUGAGAAAGUUGACUAGUCAUGUGAUUUACUUAAUUUAGCUAAGUAUUAUUGGUUUAGGGUAAUAUUUGAGAGUUUUUUGUACCUCAUUAGGCAUAUGGAUGCUCUUUGAAUACCUGUGAUUUGUAAUAAGUUUGAAUGGUUUUUCCUAUAUAAUUUAGUCUAUUUUCAAGUAUGCUUGUCUUUAGAUGAAUAUUAAGGCAAAAAAUGUAAAUAUAAACGAGAAAUCCGUAAAAAAAUCCAUUUUAUAGUUUGUUCUCUUGUUUUUUAGUUGAUUUGUAUUUUUUUUUUGUAAGCAAGCUGCACUUGUUUAAAAAUGUACAGACUUAUAUUAUUUAGUACAAUUUGGUAAUGAAUAUUUAUAUAAAAGUUUUUGUUUUAAUUCCUCCAAAAGAAAAUAUAUCAUGAGUAUCUUUAAAUAAAAUUUUCAUUAUAGUUUAGAAACACAAUGUAAACUCUGAAAUUCUGUUAAGUUGUCAAAGUUUGUACCUAGCUAAUAUAAACAGCCAGGAGAGACAACCUUGGGAUCUACUUAAGUACCGAACAUGAUAAGUCUUGCUUCCGGCUUUUAUAUAAUUUUUCUCCUUUAUGGAGAAUGAGUGCUAUUUCUUAUGGAAAUAAAUAUUUAUACAUUUGCUUGUUAAAAUGUUAAUGCCUGCUUAACCUGGUGGCCUGCCAGGUUGCCUGACUUCUGUCAAUUAGACUUAUUUGUGGGAAACAUAUCGAAAAUAAAAUUUUAUUUGAAUUA